CACCCCCAAAGCAGACGCGACAAAGAAAAUGGGUAUCCCCAUCAACUUCGGGUCGCCUCCUCCGUCCUUCAGUCCGACUCAAUCUGCCAUGCCCUCCUGGCCCAGUCAUCCUUCUCCGACCUCUUCCUCUUCCCCGGAGCAUUAUGGCCACCACAGCAACAGCACCCAACCUCCUCCUCCUUCCACAGGGGGUUCCUCCUCUUCUGCCUCCACUGGUGUGAGAUCGAUCACUUCCACAGCAGCGAUCGAUACCACCACCAGAACCAGAACCAGCCUCACAACUACCACAGCUAGCCGGGCAGUUGCCCGUCCACACCCAGAACGGCGCAGAAUCAGCCGUGUCCCCGCCUUCACGACCACUUCCUCAUCUCCACCCGACAAUCACAGCAAUCCAACCGGAUCAGGGUCACCGCAAGCAGCAGCAGCAGCAGCAGGCUCAGGAGCCAAUAUCGAUCCCACCUCUGCGUCAACCUACCCUUCUACCAAUACCAUAACACCAUCACCACCAGCCUCACAAGGACCCCACCCAGUCUGGCAUCCUUCCUCUUCACUCCUCACACUAUACCUUACUCGCCCGUCUCCACAUUCUCCUCUAGUAGCACCAUCACAUCACCCCUCUCAAGGACCCAGUUCAUUAUGGAGCCGCCGCCUCAUAAACACCAACCACAUCGACAACCAACACCGCCUCGAUUCCCAAGGGAGAACUGUAUACAAUACUAACAGAUACAACCACGAUGACUAUCACCAUCAACAUCGUCCAUACCACGACCAACCAUACAUGCCUAACGGACCCUCCACAAACUCCACCCUCCCCUCCACAACAACGAUACUGGACGAAUAUAACACCAACGUUCACUCGAACGAUACCUCUCUUCCAUCCUUCCUCCAGGGUCUUCCCUCAAGCGCGCGCGCCAUCGUCCGAGCACAUCCGAUCUACCAAGGCGCCAUCCACAUCUAUCCAGAGAACCACGAGCCCAUUUACAUGUAUGGCCGACCCAUCCUCUCCUCUCCCUCCUCGGCCUCGUAAUACUUUUGUAAAAAGAAAAAAGAACAAAAGAAAUCUCGGUCAAUAGUAGUAAUAAUAAUAAAAAAAUCA